AUGGUCGACGACGAGGAACGAGCGUUCCUCGCUUGGUUUACAGAGAAUGGAGGCUGGAUCGAUCCCAGUUUAUCGUUAGAAAAGAUACCGGGAAUGGGGCGUGGUCUUGUGGCGACACGACCAAUUGCAGAGAACGAGCGUCUCUUUACAAUUCCUCGCUCCAUGCUCAUGAAUUUAGAUACAAGCGCCUUAGCUAAAACGUGCCAGGCGGCGGAGAAAGCAAAACCUCCAAGUUCUGGGUGCUCAUGGCUCGAUAUAAUGAACAGAGGAUGGUGUCCCAUUAUCCUCAUGCUCAUGUGGGAACACUGGCGCGCGUCAUCAUUACAGACUAAUAAGCAGGAUAUGGCAUCCAUAUCAUGGGGUCCAUACUUUGGUAUCAUGCCGAAAGAAUUUUCUACUCCUAUGUUCUGGAACUCUGAUCAGCUGGAAGAGCUCAAGGGAACAGAUGUGGAAGACAAGAUUGGACGUGCUGAGGCUGAAUCCGACUACCACGAAUGUGUGCUCCCGUAUAUCCAACAAUAUCCGAAUGUGUUUCUUGGCACUUUGCCAUCAUCCGAUGUGCAAGCAGGAAUUGAUCGCUGGUACCAUGUGAACAUGUACCACCGGAUGGGCUCGUCUAUACUCAGUCGCAGCUUCCACGUAAAACGGGACCUGACGCAUGCUGAGCCCGACGAAGCAGACAUCUCGUCAGCUCCCGCUGAGGUCGCUGUUGUGCGUGCAAUGCCACAAAGCGAUCAGCAAGAUGAGUCGCAAAGGCCUCAUGAUGGAAUUGCGGAUGAGGAGGGCAGGGGGGCCGAAGAAGAUGAGGACGAGCAAGAUGAACAAGGCGAUGAACACGAAGAAAACGAAGGUGAGGACAAGGAUGAUGACGAGGAUGAGAACGAAGAAGAAGAGGAGGAUGAGGAGGAUGUUCGUGAUAUAUCAAUGGUGCCCAUGGCCGAUAUGCUAAACGCCAAGUUCGGAUCUGAAAACACACGCUGCUUCUACAAGCGCGAAGCGCUGGAAAUGCGGUGUACACGUGCCAUUGCUGUGGGCGAACAGUUGCUCAACACGUAUGGGAAUCCACCCAAUAGCGACCUGCUCCGCCGCUAUGGCUUUGUUGAUGAGCCGAAUCGUGGCGACCUGCUUGAACUUCCCGCAGAGAUCAUUGUCGACGCUGCAGCGGCAAAAUUGCGCCAAGUCACGGGUGCGGCAGGUGAUGCCGUUCGUGCUUGCCUAAUGCCACGUUUCGAAUGGGCAUGUACUGAACUUGGUCUUGAUGAAGUGUUCCUUUUAUGCCGACUCAGCAAGCCAACAGCGUUGCCACCAUACGCAGGGACCUUACCGAUCGAUGCACACAGUACCUUGACGUCGGCAAACAAGCGUGCACUGAGUCAUGCUGCUAGUGAUAUCUCCGAGGAUCUUAUUGGAUUUGUCAGGCUCUUGUGCCUGACGCAAGAAGGCUUUGAACGCGCAAAGAAGAAAGAGGCUCUCCCCAAGGCGCAACUCGAUGCCGUAGAGCCUUUGGAUAACCAUACUUGGCCUGGCUCGCCACCGCAAGGUGCGAUGAUUGCCGUGGCAUCCAUUUUGAGUGAUGCUCUGCUUCUUCGCACGCGUGCAUAUCCUACUUCGUGGCCAGACACGAGCAAAGCAUUGGUGGCGCAAUGCGAAAUGGCACCACCAGAGGACCGACGUCGCAUGGCCCUCGUUGUUCGUGCUGGUGAGCAAGCUAUUUUGCAGGAGCAUAACGUCGUACUUCAGUUGGCACUAGAGCAUGCACGCGCGCAAGCGAAUGCCGACAUGUCUAGAACAAAGCCGGACCAUGUCUCGACGAAAAAGGCCCGCCGCAUGUAA